AUGGCAGUAUCCCUGCCAACAUUCCCACCAUUCGAUGUCCACAGCGACGCCUCCUCCACCGUUGUCCGCUGGAAAAAAUGGCUUCAGCGGUUUGAAAACAUGAUGAUCGGGCUCAACAUGAAAGACGAUCUGAAAAGGAAACGAGCUCUGCUUCUUCACUAUACUGGUGAGGAGAUUAACGACAUCUUUGAAACUCUGCCAGACACUGGGGAGGAAAACAAUUAUCAGGCAGCUAUUGAUGCUCUAAACGCACAUUUCACUCCUACGGCCAAUUCGGAAUUCUCGAUUUACUGUUUUCGUCAAGCCAAACAGCAGCCAAAUGAAACCCUCAACACGUUACAUACAAGGCUACAACAGCUGGCGAUGCCGUGUAGCUUCACAGACAACAACAAAGAAGUCAAGACCCAAAUCAUCCAAGCGUGCACUUCUCACAAACUUUGCCAUAGUGCCCUACAACACCCUGAAUGGUCGCUCUCGAAUCUCCUGAGCUCAGGCAGAGCCAUGGAACUGGCCAACAAACACGCCGCAGACAUCGAGCAGCCGCUCGAAGCGUUGUCGGUGAACCGUAUACACGCAAAACAGAUGCAUGAACACAGCAACAAUCCAAGAAAUGGUCAUUGGACACGCACGCAAACUGGCAAGACGUGUUAUUUCUGUGGCGAUAAAUAUCCCCACACUUCUCACUGCCCUGCCAAAAGCAAGUAG